AUGGCAAGAAACGAGAACUGCCCAAUCUGCCUAGAUCGUUGUAAUCAUCCCAUAAUCGCCAAUUGUGGUCAUCAAUACUGCCAAUCAUGCUUCUACGAUUUGUAUAUCUUCACUGGAAAAGUUCAAAUGUAUCCUAUUGUUCCUUGUUCUCUUUGUUUGCGAAAAAUUUACUUUGUCACUGGUGACCAACCUAUCGAAAAUUGUCGUCGUUGUCAUCUGAGAGAUGAAAUUGUUGAAAUUCACAACGUCAUGGUUUCCUAUUAUCGAUUGAGAAUUGCACAGCUGGAAAUCGUUCUGGGAUAG